ACGUUAUGAUGCACGUUUCCCGGCAACGUCGAAUGGCCGCUCUUUUUAAAUUAAAUUGCUUUUUUAGGAUUAACUUGAUUAAUUUGUGAUCAACCAUAAACUAUUAAUAAUGGAUCACAGUGAGCGGAAUUCUCCACGUUACCUUUCGAGUCCUGACAAAAAGCAAUUAAGCAAUCUGGAUGAAUUAUCACAAAAAAGACCCAUGUCCAGUUCUCGAAGAGCGGGGAAUAAAUCAUUUAUUUACGGUGAUCGACCAGUACUACCACAUAUAAAAAAAGAUCAACCAAUUCAUGUUAUUUUGGAAGGGUUAAAGGUUGACAAAAGAUCAAGACCUGAACCAACGCCGAGAGUUGUCAAAAGAGAAGAGCAUCAAAUGCCAGAAGAUUUCCUUGAAAACUUUGAACUUCCAUACAAACCCCCAUUUAAGGCUGCAAUAUUACCUCAAACUGGUACUUUAUCAAAAGUAGAUUUUACCCCUAGACCAAAACCGAAACCUAAAAGAGCUACAAAAUUACAUCAGAAAGAUUCUACAAGAACUCAGACAGCUUUUUCUUUAAGAAGUGUUCCCUUAGAUAUUGCAGAUUCGGAAGAUGUUGUUACAAAUUCGGCUGUUGAUGGAAAAGCUAGUCAAAUUUCAACUCAUUCUUAUAAAUCAACAAAGGAUUUGGUAGAAGAAGCGAGAAGAAUGGCUGAAAGCGGACCCAAAUUAAAAAAAUCUGCUUCUAGUAAAAGGGCCAGUUCAAUGAAAGGCACAAAAGCUGCAAAAACAAAAUCGGCCAGUACAGAAGAUGCUCCAGAUCAAAUGCAAACAGCCGGUGGUGACACCGUGGAAGAUAUUAUACUACGACUUAAGCAACAAGCAAAAUACGGAUUAGAGUCCGAAUCAGAUAAAAAGAUUAAGGAAAUAAUGAUAAAUGUUGUUAAACGAACUAAGGAAGUAUUAGGAGAAACUGCAAUAACCCUAGAGGAAGGACUAUUUAGCGAUCACGAAGAACAAGAGGAAGAACCGGAACCGACUGUUUCUAGUGAACAGAAGGAAGGCACGGAAACUGUUACUGAGGAGGAAAGUGUACCUCCGGUCAUACAGGAAGCUUUGGAAAAUCUACAGAAGGCGGCCAAAGAUGAACUCACAGUGCCGGAAGUUGAAAUCGAUAAAGCGGAAUCUUCUAGGUUAUCUGAAGACUUCUCCUUUCAACCUACCGAAGCAGGUCGAAUUACAAGUGCAAGUAGUAAAACAACGGAAAAGUCUAUUUUGGACAUUGAAGAGUUGAAAAAGACCGCGAACCUAAACCUAAAUGUUACCAAAGAAGAUAUGAUUAGCGCAAGUGGUUUUAAGAAAAAGCUUCACGCCGAUAAAAGACCAAUUAAAACUGUUAAAGAAGUAAAAGUUAAAUCCGAAGAGGAGAAGAUACCAAACGUUCAUUACUUUUGUACGCUUACUCAAGACAUUCAAAUGUCGGAUCCGGCGAGAAAUGUUUGGAAAAAAUAUCAUGUGCCCAGCAAAUUUGCGGCUACUCAAGCCUUAACAGAGCUAUUCGACGAGCCUCGCCAUGGACAAAUAGUCGAUUCAAUAGAAAAUCCUAUAGGUUCUGGUGGAGAAAGCUUAUUUGAAAAACAAUCCCAGGCAGCAGAAAGGAUAAUGAAUGAAGCUUAUAGAAUAGCGAGAACUGCUUCCAAACAUAACGAUUUAGAUCAGCUAAAACUACAGGCGGCCGAAUUACUUGAACCUUUGACAAUAAUUGGUGAUAAGGUAGAAUUAAAGACGGAUUUAUCUUUCUUUUACUGGGAGCCAGCACCUCCUAAAUGGAGCGUUCAGCCGAAUAUUGUCAAGGGAGUUAUGUGCCCUCUUUACGAGAGUGCUGCUGGCUUGGCGGAAUGGCAGAUUAAACAUGCAGAAAUGCUAGCUGCUGAAAGUGAAGAAAGCGAUUUAGAAGAUUAUAAUGCGGAAGAGGAAAAAGAAAGAGAGGCUGCUGAUUUUCGAAUAAAACUAACAAUAAACAAAGCCAAUUCACUUACUGAUUUGACAUCAAUUGUGACAAAAGCUAAAGAAGAAGACGAGAAGAAGAAACACGUAGAGGAAAUUGAAAGUGAGCAUAAAUCCACUAGUGGAGAGGAUGAAACAACUCUAAUAUCUCGGCCAUCCGACUCCCAUCCAAAGCCCCCAGUCACCCUUCGUUUUGGCGAAGAAAUUCAACCAAUCGAAAAGCGAACAGUGACGAAAGCAUAUAGUUGCCCUAAUUUCACUAAUCAUAUAGAAGAAGACGAUGUUCCCAUAAUUUUCCAGGAUUAUGGAACGGUUAUAGAAGAAAUAAAAAAUCAAAAAACUCAAUUAGAAGAUAGACGAAAGAAUGUGACUGAAAAAGUUGAUGAAGAGGAUGAAGUUGACACAACAGUUAAAAUAUCUUCGGAAAUUGAAUAUUUUACAGAUAGCGAUAAGAAAGAACUAACGCAAGUUUCUCUUAAGAAAUCUGCCAGCGAUUCUAAUAUUAGACAAACUUUAGCAGAGGAAGCCUUAGAGGCAGGUCGUAGUUAUGUUCUUUUACCACCGCAACCAAAACGAAAGAAAAAGAAUGCAAAAGACUGGAAAAGAAUAGAAGACAUGGAAAAGCUAUUUAUGACUACAAGACUACCCGAGCGUUGUUCAUCUCUACCUUUAUUACCUUUUGGUAGAAAGCAAUUAGAAAUCCAAUUAAGAGUUCCACAGAGGAUAAGAUCAAGGAAUCAAGGAAGCGAACCAGAUAUAUUUAACUUCGAGUCUUAUAAACAGAAACACAAUUUCAAACCAAAUAACGUGUCGUCCGAGAGGGAAUGGGUUCGUAGUAUUUGGAACGAUUGGUUCGACUACGUCUUUCCUCCAACACCAGUUGCGAGCGAAUCGGAAGAAGACGAUGAUAAUUUUUCAGACUAUCAAUCGGAUUUGGGAGAUAAACCAGAAAAAGAAAAGGAAGAGAAGUCGGUGGUGUACGAUGACGACAUUGUCUUGGAGCCAAUAUGUAAAGAUAAUGAGGACAGAGAGGUUGUUAUGGAAGCUCUAACUGCCGAAGUUGUACGUUUGAGCGAAAAGAUAGACAGCGAAGAGCAGGCGAAUGCUUACGACUAUUGUAGACGAGGGGCGAUAUUACGUAAACUCGGAAAUAUCCGUCAAGCCCUAUGGAAUUUAAAUAAGGCUAUCCGAUUAGAACCGACUUUAUUAGACGCUUAUUGGCAUAGACAUUUUAUUUACUUACUGCAAAAUAAACUGAAACUAGCUUCCGAAGAUUUAAACUUUAUAUUAAAAGUGAAUAAAAAGCAUGCUGAAGCUUUUAGAUCAAGAGCUGAAAUUUCAAAAGCUGAUGGUGAUUUAACAAUGGCUAUUGUCAAUUAUACUCAAGCUAUUAAAAUCAAUCCGACUGAUCAUGAAUCCUUCUAUCAGCGCGGUUUAAUGUAUGAGAAAAAGGGUGAUAUAUUAUUGGCAAUGGAAGAUUACGCCAACGUCAGUAGGUUAAAUCCAAAAAGAACGAUUGCCAUGUUUAAAAGGGCUAUGCAUCAUUUUAAAAAUGAAAACUGGGCUAAUGCUGUUAAUGAGUUUAGUGAAUUGCUUAGGCAUGAUAAUAGAAAUGCUGAUGCCUAUUUAUAUCGUGGUAGAGCUCACGGUAAUAUGUCAGAUUGGAGUGAUGCGAUUUUCGAUUUAACAACAUGCAUACAUCUAAAUCCAAAGUGUGCUCAGGCAUUUUAUUAUAGGGGUUGCCUUCUAAGAAGGUGCCAUCCUAAGCAAGCAUUACUCGAUUUCAGCGUCUCUUUAAUGAUAGACGACAGCCAUGAGAAUAUUUUGUCCUAUUUACAUCGAGGAAUACUUUACGAUGAAAUUGGACGUCACGAAGAUGCUAUUAUGGACUUCGAAGCUGUAGUAAAGUUGGACAGAGAUAUGGCCUGCGCCCAUGUAAAUCUCGGUUUAAUUUACCUAAACCGUAUGGGAAAUCCACACAGGGCUAUCAAAAAACUAACAGCUGCAAUUAAAGCAGACCCUACUUAUAUAAAGGCCUAUGUUUGUAGGGCAGAAGCUUAUACAAGACUAAACCAACAUAAACAAGCCUUACUAGAUUUUACUAGAGCUAUACACAUUCGCCCGGAUGUUCACAACUUUUAUUUAUUUCGAGGUGAACUUGUGAGGAAGCUCGGUAAUCUUCAACUGGCUUCCUUCUGCGUUAAACAAGCUGCAGAAUUGAAUAUAGGCCUUGGCACAAUGCCAACUCAACAGGCAAUAGUUCAAUCCUUCUUAAAAAAUUACGAUCAGGCUAUCGAAUGUUUAGAAACGGCUUGUAAAGCUAAUCCUCAAGUUGAGUUGCUACAGUUACUAGGUAAAACACAGAUGAAAGCUCAAAAAUGGUCAGAUGCUUGUACAAGUUUUCAAAAGGCACUUGAUUUACUUAGACCCUGGAAAGAUUCUGAAUCUUGGCCAAUUGAGGCAAGUGAAAUUCAUUUCUUAAUGGGACAAUGUUGUAUGGAAGAUAGGAAAUUCUUGAAUGCCCAACAAUCCUUCGAUCUAGCUAUUCAAAGUAAACCUAAUUACGCCGAAGCCUAUUAUCAGAGGGGUUUAGCAAAAAUUCAUAACAAGGAAAGAGCUAUCAAUGAUUUUAAUAAAGCCCUAGCUAUAUCACCAAAUCUCUUUGAGGCCUACUUAUGCAGAGCAUGUUAUUACGGUAUGAAGAAUAAUUAUAAGAAGGCUAUUUUAAAUUGUAACGAAGCUUUGAAGAUACAACCCAAAAGCGUUAGAGCGUUACUUUAUAGGGGAGCUUUAAAAUAUCACAUCAAAGCCUAUAAAUUGGCUAUUUUCGAUUUAACCAUAGCAAUUAAUUACUUACCAACCAGUGCAAUAAUCUAUUUCAACAGAGCUUUAUGCUACGAUGCCAGUGGAUACUAUCAAGAGGCCCUCAGGGAUUAUAGUAUCGUAUUAACUCUGGGUGAUAAAUUAGAAAUGCAAGUUCUAACUAACAGGGCAUUAGUUUACAUGAAAUUGAAUGAUCAUAAUAAUGCCGUUAAUGAUUUGUUUCUUGUGGAAAAGAUAACACCGUCUGAUGUGGCUAUCCUAUUCACAAUUGGCAUCUGUUUGCAUAGGCUGAGGAAGUUGGAGGAGGCCGUUAAGUAUUUUACCAGAGUACUAUCAUAUAGGAAGCUAGAUUUGAACGCCCUCGUUGCUAGGGGUAACGUUUUUCUGGAUUAUGGUAACGAGCUGGGAUUACUAUAUGCAAAACGCGAUUAUGCGAGGGCAAUUUCGUUGAAAGCCGACUACAUCCCCGCUAGAAUUAAUUUAGCCUAUGCACUUCAAGUUUAUGGACACUACCAGAGAGCUUGGCACCAAUUUACCGCUUGCAUAGAAAUCGAUUCUAAGUGUCAAAGGGCAUACGAAGGAAGGUCUAUUAUUAAUUUACAAAUGUCCGAUUUCUUCGCCGCAUUCCAGGAUAUUAACGCCGCAAUACGCUGCCAUCCAACAGCCGAAUUGUAUAAUAAUAGAGGAGUAAUAUUCGAAUUGACUAGGGAUGGACAGAAUGCAAUGGCAAACUAUAAAAAGGCCAUAGAAAUUGAUUCAAGCUACUCUCUAUCUUAUUAUAAUGCCGCAAAUAUUUACAUGAGGCAAAAACAAUACUCUCAGGCUCUUACCUAUUUAGACAAUGCUCUUAAAUGGGAUCCAUCUUCGGAAUCGGCAUACCUAAACAGAGCUAUUGUAAAGGUAUUUUUGAAAGACAUGAAAUCAGCCUUAAAAGACAUGAAUCAAGCUGUACGUUUAGCUCCUCGAGCAGCAAUUAAUUACUUAAACAGAGCAAACAUCAAUAGAUCUAUUGGAAAGUUGAUAGAAGCAGAAAGAGAUUAUUCAAAAGCCCUACACCUGCAACCCGACGAUCCGUUAGUUCAUAAGAGAAGAGCAGACACUAGAGCUAUGUUGAAUAGAAAAGAUUCAGCAAUGGAAGACUAUAAACGAGCAAUUGAUCUUGAAACAAAAAAUUUGGUUCGGAUAUCAGUAUAA